AUGGAACACCCUAACAGCGUACAACCUUCAGAUCAACAAGGAUACCCCCUUGGUGCAUACCCUGCUGUAACUCAGCAACCAGCCCCCUAUAUACAACCGUCUCACCACACUACUGUGGUUUUGAAUCAGCAACCAGUGGUCAUACAAAAGGCUCAACGAAGUUGGAGUUCUGGGCUAUGUGACUGCUUUCAAGACUGUGGCUCUCGUAAGUAUUUUCCCAAAGGCACUUAACUUAAAGAGGCUAUGUCACGCUAUUUGCCUAUCUUUUUAAAAACGUUUUCCGCUAAAACUAACUUGUCUUCGCAUCAAUAAUCGAAUUCCAAAAAUAAUGGUCCAGUUUUGUUAUUUAAGACUAUAAUUAGGCAUUCAAACUGCUUCCUUUCGUUUGUUAAUUCGGAUGGCAAGGAUUGACAUGGAUUGAAACUUGAAAGAGUUAGACGACAUUUUUCAAGUUAUGCCCGCAAACUCACCAAAGAAAUCAUUAUGGUUUAUAGUGCUUCCGGAUGAAUUUGUUUGAUAUCUUGUUGAUAAGUCUACAGCAGCGCGAUAGCAUAUCAGUUGUGUAUGGGUAAAAGCAUGAAGUAAUGAUUUCAGCACCGAGAAUUGACCUACAAUAGCAACAUUCUCCUGACACAGCCUUUUUAAGUAGAGCGACUUUCGUAUGGCGCAGAAAAAUGGUUUCGGUAAGUGUUUCGUUAUUUGUUUUAUCAGCCAAUGAAUGAAAAGACGAAAACAUGGACUCUUCGUUUUCCCGCCAAAGAAAACCUUAAUAUGGAGAAGGCGUCAUUCGAUUGGCCAAUCGUGUUACAGUAUGACGUCAAAACGAAGUAUCGAUUGAUUUCUAGAAAGUUUUCGGGCGUGAAAUUUUUUCACCCCAACGUUCGCUUAACCAACCAAAAGCCACGCGCCUUUGUUUCUGUUCUAUAAACCAAUCAAAUCGCUCUAUUUCCGUUCGUUUGUUGUUUCUGUUUUGUUCGCGCGUUUUCAUUUUAAGGUCAUACGAAAAUCGCUUUUAUAUCAUAGAGGAACUAAUUAUCAUUUUGUGUUGUCGUUUUUGAGUUUUUUUUUUGUUGCUCCCAUUAGUUUUUCUCAGGCAAGAAAAUUUUGCCUAAUAUUUUUUUUAUACUUGGGUUAAACUUUACCAUCCUUCGAGCAACCGUGCCCAGCUCUGAAAAGUCCUAAGUCGAGAGGGAGAGAAAUACGAAUUCACGUAAGACCAUGAUUUGAUAUAUUUCCCCAUCUUUGUUUGUAAAUGGGUUGUUUACGUUGCCUUGAUAUAUUUCCCCGUCAUCUUUGUUUGUGUUUCCAUUGUUGUUGAUGGGGUGGUUCUGCCAGAGGUUCUCACUUGUUGCCUGCUGCAUGGUUGGAGUUAAAGUACUAUAUAAUGUAUAGAUUUAGCCAGGGCUAAAAGUUUCGUCCAAAAAAUUGGUUUAGUAACAAAGGCCAAGUAAUAAAAUUGUUGCAUUGCAAGUUGAAAAGCAUUGUUGCCCGUAUUACCACCUUCGCUCUCAACUUGUCACGAAAAAAUGUCAAUUGCAAUGUUGCAAGUUGCGGCAACAUGUUGCGCAAAGUAGACCCGAGUUCUACUUUUUGCAACAAACUCUCAAUUUUUAACUUGCCAUGCGUCACAACGCUUGUGAUUGGUCGAUUUUCCAGCCCUGGGAAGAUGGAGAGUAAACGCACGCGCUUGACGUGCGGAGGGCAAAUUUAGAGUUCUAGACAGGAAGUAAACAUGGCGAAGGUUGUGGAAGUUGAACAUGUUGAAAGCCAAGAUUGUGAAUUUAUAAGUGAAAAAAAUGUCAGAGGCCCAAAGAAAAGAUUUAUGCGCAUACGGUUACGUGACAACCAAAAUUUCUUGGAUGCAUAGAUAACCGAAUUUCCUUACCUAUGGCGCUCCGCUGUUUGUUUGCUCCGACGUUUGUUUGGUGGGGGACAAAAACUUGCCCCCCACCAAACAAACGUCUGUAAAUUUCCGCAGCUUUGAGGAGGUAUAUCUUCGCUCGCUUAUAAGACUGAUGUAUCACUUUCAAACUUGGGAGGGUUGUACUACAUUUAAAAUGCUCUUUUCAAUGGUUUCGGCGGGUUUUCCGUAACCGAUGAUGUGUGUCUUAAAGCUUCUUAAGUUGAAAAAACCGUGGAAAGGUCUAUUCUAUUCCUUUACCGACAGCUACCGACCCGUCCUUCUAAAAAGUUCUAUUCCAAUGGACAAAUUUUUGCUGUAUUUUCGUGGAAACUACCCAAAAUGAAGUUUGGCUACUAUUUUUUUAAUCUUCAUAAAAUGUGCAGGUAAUAUUCUUAUUUUCCAUUUUUAAGAAACCAAUAGUCAACACAGCAAUACAGGAAACGUGAUUCAUCAACCUUUUUAAUCAACUGAAUACAUUCUUUUCGCAUUUGCAGGGCUCCCUUUGUAAUGAUUACUGUGUGGUUAAUUGUUGCGGGCCAUGUGUUCUCUGUCAGUUGGCUCGUGAGCUCAAAUCCUUGCAACGUUGA